AUGAAGCGCGCCCCUGAUGCGGCUUGCCUGUACUGCCAACACCCUGAGGACACUGCGGAACACACGAUAUUUGAUUGUGCUUACUGGGAUCCGCUUCGGCUGCCAGUGAAGAUGUUUGUUGGUAACCGAAAUAUAACCACGGGAGACGUCCAGGAUUUGUUGUGCGGCCCCUCCGAUGUCCCGUUCAGUGAGAACGACCGGAUACGGGCUGCCUCCAAACGUGCCACUCAGUCCUUUUAUGACAUGGUUGACAACAUUUUAAGCUGCAAGGAGCAUGAUGAAAGGAUAGCUGAGACCGAACGAAAAGCGAAUGCAGUGGCAGCCGCUCCAACUGACUGA